UCCUGUAAGCCGACGUGUUGAUAUGGCUGACAGAGGCAAGAAAGACUCAACACCUCCGCCGUUACUGUUGAUGCCGGCUGGUGGUGGACUUACUCUGAAUCCUCCUGAUCAACCGAAUGUCUUGAUGCCCAUUAUUCAAUCAGAACCUUCACUUUUAGGCCCAGAUGAAGAAGGGGAAGCAGACAGUUUCGUCGGCCAGGGCCCCAUUCCACCCAUGGGGCAACCGGGUCCUCCACAACCAAAUUCUUUCAACUACUUCCAAGGUUCACAGUCUUCAGGGAUGCCAGGAAGCAGUGAUCCCUUUGCAAACAUUGGUCAGCAGGCGCCUCUAGCACCUCCUCAAAGCAACACACCACCAAUGCCCCCUGUAUCUGGUAUGCCAGGGGUGUCCAACUUUCAGUCUGUCCCUCAACACUCUCAGUCUGGUCCACCAACAAUGCACGGUGCUGGUCCUCCACCUAAAGCUUCAGGCCCUGGCAACAUGUUCCGUAAUACUGGCCCCAUGCGUUAUGCCAAGCCACCUCAGGGGACAUAUGCAACUUCAGGCAUGCCCCCACCUGGGCCCCAGACAACCCCCUUCUCACAACCCUCCCCUUUCCAGCCCCCUCCCCCAGUGUCAGCAGCUCCACCACAGCCACCCCCCACAGCCAUGGUCCCACCCAUGUCCUCCAACCCACAGCCUACUCAGCCUCCUCCACAGGCUGGGAUGGGUCCUCCAAGUAGCUCCCCACUAGUGUACCAGCCUGUCCAGGCUCACUGGUGCUUCUGUAAGAGUGUGGAAAACAAGGACGUGUGGUUCCCGUUCUCCCUCCUGGACUCCCUCAGGAUAGAGGAAUGUUAUAAGACAGCAGCACAACAUGAUCCCGAGAACACAGUGAUCCCCGCUAUCGGCGGCCGCUACGAUGUCAACGUGGGGAAGCGGCUGCGCAGUGCGGUCUACUGGGAAGAGGAGCCGACAAGCAUCCGCAGAUGCACGUGGUUCUACAAGAGGGAGGGGGACAACAGAUAUGUCCCAUAUGGGGAGGACUUUGCUCAGAAAUUAGAGGAGGAGUACCGUAAUGCAAUCCAGUUCAACAGCUGGCACAAGAGACUGGAGUUCCCAGGAGGGGAGACCAUCGUCAUGCACAACCCAAAUGUCAUUGUGCACUUCCAGGCCUCAUCCCAGCCGGAUGAGUGGGGCAAUGUACAGGGAGACCAGAUGAGACCCCGAGUUGUGAAGAGAGGUGUGGAUGAUUUUGAAAACAUAGCAGAUGGGGAGACACCUCAUGUAGAUCAUCUAGUCUUUGUCGUCCACGGCAUCGGCGCCAACUGUGAUGUCAAGUUUCGCAGUCUGGUGGAGUGUGUGGACGACUUCCGCUCAAUAUCUCAUGGUCUAGUUGACUCCCACUUCCAACGGUACAAGUCCGAGGGACGGGUACAUCGUGUGGAGUUCCUCCCAGUACACUGGCAUAGUUCCCUUCACUCGGACGCUACUGGCAUCGACAGACGUCUGAAAGGAAUCACUCUACCAAGCACCCCCAAACUGCGUUACUUCGUCAACGACACCCUGAUGGACAUCCUCUUCUAUACUAGUCCCUCCUACUGCCAGGUUAUAUCCAGAACUGUUGGUAACGAGAUGAACAGAUUGUAUCAACUCUUCUUGUCAAGAACGCCAUCAUUCAAGGGCACAGUGUCUGUGGCUGGGCACAGUUUGGGUUCGUCUAUCCUGUUUGACCUCCUCCUGCACCAGAGAUUGGAGGCUGACGAGGAGACAAGUUUCAGCUCAGAGGCCACAUCAGGGGAUCCCCCCAACCUUGACACACCAGAAACAGAAGAGGAACUAGGUGCUUACUUCAAUACCUUGUUCCCUGCACCAGGUCAUCGGGAUGGAGUGGGAUUCAGCAGAUGUUGUCUCCCCCCUGAUGUAAAUGGUGAGGAAUGUCAAGGCAGUCUGACCCUGGAGGAACUUCUCUCCAAAGUUGGCCUUGAGGAUAAACUGGGGUUGUUCCAGCAGGAGCAGAUAGACAUGGAAUCUCUGAUCAUGUGCAGCGAAUCGGAUUUGAAAGAUCUUGGCCUUCCAAUGGGACCACGUAAAAAACUGCAGGGUAUUUUGAAAGAAGAAUCUGAGAAGGAGGAGAAGAAGAAACGGCAGGCUGAGCAACUUGCCAGAGAAGCAGCGGAGAAGAAGGCAGCAGAAGAACAGAAAGCCCGGCAAGAAGACAAAUAUAAGCAUUCAGGCAACAUGCGGCUGGAGCGGACCUCCAGUAUAUCCGUGGACUACAUCUGUGGCCUGGCUGGAACUGGUCAGCCCAUCGUGCAGUAUCCACAGCUGGACUUCAAGCCAUGUGGACUGUUUGCAAUGGGCUCCCCGAUCGGAGUGUUCCUGUCUGUCCGGGGGGUGGACAACGUGGGGGAGGAGUUCAAGCUGCCCACCUGCUCCCGCGUCUUCAACAUCUUCCAUCCCUUUGACCCGGUUGCCUACCGCCUGGAGCCGCUGGUCAACCCAGCGGCCAGCAGCAUCAAGCCAGUCCUUAUACCGCACCACAAGGGCCGAAAGAGGCUACAUCUAGAACUGAGAGAGAGUUUAACUCGGGUAGGACAUGACCUGAAGAACAAGUUGAUGGACUCCCUGAGGAGCACAUGGAACUCCAUCCAUGACUUUGCGAUGGCGCACCGUGCAGCCCCGACCCCGGAGAGCCUGCAGGAGGAGGUGGACAAGGAGAUGACCAGCGUCAUCCAGCAGCUGCAGCAGAGUGAGGAGGACAAGCUGGAGACCGGAUCUGUAGCCUCCAGCCAUGAUGAUGACCUGUGUAUGGGGCAGCUGAAUGAAGGCCGGCGAGUGGACUUUGUGUUGCAAGAGAAACCUAUAGAGAGCUUCAACGACUACCUGUUUGCCCUGGCCAGUCAUGGAUGUUACUGGGAGUCGGAAGACACAGUGCUGUUGUUCCUCAAGGAGCUGUACUCUCCAUUUGGGAUUGCACCCCAGAUGCCUGGCCCUGAGGGAGCACACCAACGAGCAGCAGCUGGUCCUCCACCAUUAGGGCCUCCUCCCAUGAGUGUACCCUCAGGUCCCCCACCCCUCGGGUCACCACCCCAGGGAAUUCCUAGACAACCACCCCCAGGGUUCUCCCCAGGUCCCUUUUCCCGGGGACAAAACCCCUCCGCAGGUCCCUCCUUCAGCCCUGGUAUGCACCCUCCCACUGCCAUGCAGGGACCACCCCCUAUGGGGAUGCCCGCUAUGGGGAUGCCCCCAAUGCAAUCCCCACCCCAGGGGCAACAACCGGCAAUGGUAGGUCCACCCCCAAUAAGUGGAUUCAUGCGAUCGCCACCUAGACAAUGAUAUAUCAUCUAGUCUCUGUACAGAUAUUUUUGGAACAAAGUUACUUUUACAUGAAAUGUACAGACAUGAUUUUACACAUGUAAAUGACAUUGAAGGUUAUGAGUGAUAAGGUUGCAUGGUAUGAAUCCUUACACAUUGCAGAUUGUGUGAGAGAGGCACGGUUUGAGAAGGCACCUCAUAUUUAUUUCUAUUGUUUGUUAAAUGUUAUUUGUUUUUUCAACUGCUCAGUUAAUUUGUUACUCUAUCAAGAAGUGCUUUGACAAUUUCUGUUUGAGUUCACAUUUGAAUGAGUGUGCCAUGUAAUAUAUUUGCAUUUAUAAAACCUGAAACAACUUGUCUUGCCUUUUCAAUAAAAUGGUCCAAAAAGUCUGGUUCUGUAGCAAGUCUCAGAUUAUUAUUACAUAUGAGAUUGUGUCAGUUGAGAUUUGAGAAUGUGGGUGUAAGUAAUUUUUAUAUCAGGGUUUGGGAGGAAAACAAAACGAGAGGUUGUGGGCCUGGGUUAAUAAAACCCUACUUACAACACUGGUACAUGGCCAUUAGCUUACUCUCUGUUUACAACCUUCCUCGGGGGUUUUCAACCCCAGUCUAUGUCAUGAAAACAUUUGCCAAACUACACAUUAUUCUGAAAUGGGUGUAACCCACUGUUGUAUAUAUUUGUAUAUUCCCUAUCUAUUGUUACUAGCUGGAGUAAAUGGGCAGUAGAAGCAUGACACUGAUCAGUAUCUAUUUCAUGUCAAUUUCAUGUCAGUAUCUAUUUGUAACCAGAAUGUGUCUGUCCUCACAUGUCUCUUCAGUACAGACAAAAGUAAUUAGCUGACAGUUCAAGUAGGUCUUCUGUUGGAAACAUCUGGGUGUUAGUGGGGAGGUUUAGCAUGCUUAGUGGUUAGUACUUGGCAUAGUGUAUUUUACGAUGCCACUUUUAAGCAAAUGACUGUAAAAUUAAUUUGGGUUCCAUAAAUAUUUUCUUUGUAAAUUAUAUUUCUUAAUUUGUGUUACGUGCAAUAUUUUGUUAACACUACAUACAAUCUCUCUUUAUAUAGGUUUCUUCUUAGGUUAGCUGAAAAUGCUUCAAUGAUCAUAUUUUAAGUUUGGAAAAUAAAUUGUUUCAGAAAAUAUCUGCUAUUUGAGGUUUGAAGAUUCUAAAACCUUUGGACACAAUUAUAUGUUUUGAAAAUGUAAAGUGUAGCUAAAUAUUGAAAUGUCAUUGCUAGAAUCUGUCCAGAAACAAGUCCUAUAUAUGUGUACCUGGUUUUGCAUCCUAUUAUUGUCAGAAUAUGUAGAAUGUCCAGGGUGUUAAGACAAUGUGCAGCAGCAGUAGUUUAUCCUUAUCAAAGGUUCUGUGUGGUGAAUACACCUAUGCUGCAACAUGAACAUAUUCUUCUCAUACAGUCAGUGUCUCAAACCAAACUGCAGUUAAGUCUCUGAACUGCAUGGAAGGAAGUCUGUAUUCUCCCUGUUUGCAUCAAGAGCUUAAUAAAACAUCUUUGUUUA